AUGGGAAUUGCAACUACGCCUAAAUAUCAGCCAAUUGUUGAAAGGUUGAAAUACAUGAUUGAACGCAAUAAUUGGAAUGAUAAGUUUGAAAAGGCGAUCAUUGCUGCUCAGAAAUAUAAUAUCGAAGAUAUGGCCCAUAUACAAAAUUUGAAUCAAUACUACGAUUUUCUCAACCAUUUGGUGUUGUGGGUGCCCACAGAGAAUAGAUCAGGGACUUAUAUUUAUAAUAUGCUUUGCACGAUGUACUUUGUCCUCGACCAGGAGCCUGUACGCCACCUUCAGUCAUCUGUCACGCCUUCAUCGUAUCCACUACCGCAAUUGAAGCCCUUAUCCCAAUGGCUAGUCGAUUUCGCCAGGUCUAUGGGAGACUUUCUCUCUACCCCUCAAUCGCUUACCGAAGAAUCUCUAAAGACCUUUUAUACCGCACAGAAUUACGAUCUGGAUGCUUAUCAGGUUCCUGAAGGAGGGUGGCUGGGGCAUUGCUUCAAUGAAUUCUUUGCGCGACAUUUCUUGCCGGGUACCCGACCCAUUGAUGGCCCUGAUAAUCCAGCAGUUAUUGUGAGCCCUGCAGACUCAACCUUUGACGGCUCUUGGGAUAUCACUGAGGAUUCAACGGUCACUUUCAGUGUUAAAGGCCUUCCUUGGAGCAUUAACGAGUUACUUGCAGACAGUCAGUAUGCGAACGAGUUUGCUGGCGGGAAAUUUAUGCACGCAUUUCUCGCACCCUACAACUACCAUCGUGUGCAUGCUCCUGUUGACGGCAAAGUACUCGAAGCCACAGUCCUUCCAGGCCAGGCCUAUUUCAAGGUUGUUCCUGAAAAAAAACCUAACGGCAAAUCGAAACUCAACCCUGUUCGAGGAUUCUACGCGCCAGAUAGUCCGGGUUAUCAAUUCUGUCAGGCCCGUGGUCUGAUUAUAAUCGAUUCACCAAAAGUUGGAAAAGUGGCCGUUUUACCAGUUGGUAUGGCUCAGGUGUCUUCUGUGCAAAUCUCCGCUCAUAAAGGGACUUGCGUGAAGAAAGGAGACGAGAUUGCUUAUUUUCAGUUUGGUGGAUCUGACGUUGUCGUUGUGUUUCAAGCACAGAGCAAAGUCGACAUACUUGCUACUUUACAUAAAGAGUAUCGUGUAGGACAACAGAUUGCAAUUGCUGACAUUAAUGAGCGUGAUUUCGUUUUACUUUGA